AUGUCGGACCUUGAGGCAUACCACAAAGACGAUGAUGCUUCCGUCAAGGACUCCGUCGGACACUCGAUCAAGGAGGAAGAUUUCUCCGAUGGCGAAACGCAGCAAGUCUCUGGGAAAGACUAUGAUACAACACCAGACAAACGGGAUAUGCGGCGUUUGGGCAAGAAGCAGGAACUGAAGCGUCGAUUUCGCUUCUUCUCGAUCGUUGGAUAUGUCAUUGUCCUGGGCCUCACCUGGGAGUUCUCCUUGGUGAUGGGAGCGUUCUCCCUCUCGAACGGCGGCGCUGCUGGUGCCAUCUGGCUCACGCUGUUCGUCUGCUGCGGCAUGGGAAUGGUUAUGCUUUCGAUGGCAGAAAUGGCCUCCAUGGCACCCACAAGCGGAGGACAAUAUCACUGGGUAUCAGAGUUUGCACCCCGACAUCUCCAGAAGCCGCUGAGUUUCGCCGUGGGCUGGCUAUGCGCUCUGGGAUGGCAGGCUGCGAUGCCUUCGGUCGCAUACCUCGGAGCCCAGCAAGUCCUGGCAUUGAUCUCGAUAUGCAACCGCGACUACGUCAUUCAAGGCUGGCAUGCGGCGCUGAUCACAAUGGCCUUCGUCUGCCUUGCCAUCUUUUUCAACACCGCAGCAAUCGGAAAGCUGCCCGUUCUCGAGGGUCUUGCCGUGGUAUUGCACAUCUUCGGGUUCUUCACCUUCAUCGUUAUCUUCUGGGUCAUGGGCCCGCGAGCAGACGCCAAAGAGACUUUCACACACUUCUCAGACGACAACGACUGGGGCAGCCUCGGGCUUGCAACGCUCAUUGCAAUGGUUGGACCCACGUCAACCUACAUCGGCGGCGACAGCGCUGUACACCUCUCUGAGGAGCUCAAAGACGCCAGCUACAUCCUGCCCCGAGCCAUGAUCUCUGCGGCCGUCAUCAACUACAUCCUUGGCUUUGUUACGACAGUAACGCUCAUGUUCUCGCUUGGCAACGUGGCGGAAGACCUGUCCGAUCCCAGCGGCCAGCCUUGGGUCGUCAUCGUCUACCGAAUCACGGGCUCCAAGGAGGCGACUAUUGUGCUGCUCGUCAUCAUGAUUAUCAUGAUGUUUUUCUGCGCUGUCAACCAGGUCACGACUUCGUCCCGACAGGUCUUUGCACUGGCUCGUGACAGAGGACUGCCCUUCCACACCUUCCUGGCGAGAGUAAAGCGCGGAUCCGGAGUACCUGUGAACGCCGUCUACGUUACCCUUGUCUUCACCUGCUUGGUCGCCCUAAUCCAAAUCGGCUCUACUGUCGCCUUCGCCAUCGUCCUCAGCGUCUCCGGCACUGGCCUCUUCACCUCCUACAUCACCUGUAUCACCUGCGUGAUGGUCCGCAGGAUCCGCGGCGAACCCUUACCUGCUUCGAAGCUCAGCCUAGGCACAUGGGGCAACCUCGUCAACGGGCUCGCGAUAUGUUUCUUGUCGCUAGCAUUCGUCUUCCUGUUCUUUCCUGCAGUGCCGAAUCCAACUGCUGCGACCAUGAACUGGGCGAUCCUGAUCUACGGCGCGGCUUUUAUCUUUGCCGGUGUGUAUUACUUUUUCAAGGGCAGGAAGGAGUAUGAGGGGCCGGUGAAUUAUGUGCGGUGGCAGACGAAGAAUGACCUGAAUAUCUUGUAG